AUGGUAGAGCACAGUUAUGCCACACCAUGCACUCUGACAUGUGCAGCAGAAAUGAAAAGGCUUGUGUCCCAGUGCCAAACCUUGGAGGAACAAAUUGCUUCACUGACUGUAGAUGCUGCAAAGACAAAACCAAUGUCUAUAGACCAAAUUAAGGACAGUGAAGAAAAGAUGCUGCUGUAUACAUCACUGCCAUUUGACAUAUUCAGUAUAUUGGCAAGACUAUUGCAGAGAUUUACUAGUAACCUGAAAUAUUAUAGCGAGUGGUCGCCUACAAUCAGGAUAGAAGAUCAACUUCUUAUAGUGCUGAUGAAACUCAAGCUUAACCUUCGUGACCUAGACUUAGCGCAAAGGUUUUGUGUGAGCCGCCCAGUUAUUUCCAACAUUUUUCAUACCAUUGUGUAUGCCCUUCAUGAAAUGUUGUUUGAGGGAGUUGUAAACCACUGUUUCCCCAGCCAAUUGAAAUGCAAAGGUUCGAUGCCUAAGUCUUUUGCCGAGUUUUCUUCAGCAAGGGCCUCGAUGGAUGCACUAGAAAUGACGCAAGACAUUCCUUCACACAUGGACAUGCAGGCCAUAGCCUAUAGCUCUUACAAGAGCCGCCACACCGUGAAAGCUCUCACUUGUGUAGCUCCGAAUGGCUCCAUUACCUAUUGCUCCAAGCUGUAUCCAGGGUCUACAUCAGAUGUUGCCAUUGUUCGGCAUAGUGAGGUUCUGAAAAAAUUCAGUGCAGGAGACCUUAUCUUAGCAGAUAAAGGAUUUACGAUUCAUGACCAACUACCUCAAGGAGUGUGUCUAAAUAUACCUGCUUUUCUUACAUCUCGGGGUCAGUUUACCCAACCAGAGGCUGAGUUGUGCUACAAAAUUGCCAGGGCUCGAAUCCAUGUGGAACGUGCCAAUGAAAGGAUAAAAAACUUUGAGAUACUUCAUCAUAUUCCAUCUACUUACAGAGCUAUGUCUACUGUAAUAUUUCAACUAUGUUCCAGUCUUGUCAACUUACAAGCUCCCCUUUUGAAAGAAAUUGCAUAAAUUAAACUUUUUUACU